AGAGAGAGAGAGGUAAGACACUGGUUAAUCGACGAAUAAAAGGGGUAAGGAGAGACAGACAUACGUAAAGCAUUAAAAGUUUUGUGUGAUAAUGCUUAAAGAAAAUUGAUCUAUUGUUUUUUCAAUAUUUUUCCUGUGCAUUAAUAUUUUAGAAAGUCAGUCUGGUCUUUAAGUUUUUUAUUUAAAUCAUUAUUUCACUUGUAUAUUUAUGUUAUUUUGUUUCAAAAAUUAAAUUAGAUAUUGAAAGAAUUUGUAAAAAGAGAAUGAUGAUUGUCUUUUUAAAUACCUUUGACCAGAGACUGAAAGAAAGUACCUCUUAAUUUGUUUUAUUUUUAAGCAAAAGUUAAACAUUUUUUAAGAUCUCUUUCUCAUAAAACAGCCGAGUGGCAACCUUGGCGACCAGGGAAACAGCAACUUUGCAACCAUAAAGACGACGUCCAUUGUCAGCAAACAGCAAAAGGAGCAUCUUCAGGAGGACAUGCAUGCUGCUAUGUCUGGGUACAAGCGCAUGCGGCAAGAACACCAGCGUGCUCAGGCCAAGCUUGAAGAGAAGUGCCGGGUCGAGAUGGAGAACCACAAGCACCUGCUGGACAAAGAGUACGAGGCGUUACUAACACAGUUCAGUAAAGAGCUUGAAAAACUCAGACAGAAACAUGAGAAAGAACAGGAAAAGAAACUUGACAGCUGCACUGUGGCAGAGAAGAAUUUACAGAAGGACAUCAAUGGUAGACAUGGUAUAGAACUUAAACACUUCCAGUCCCAGUACAAGAAGCAGUACAAGGAGAAUAUAGAAAAAUGGAAGAAAGAACUUUCACAAGAUCCAAAUACUCCCAAAAAACAGAGAGAAGCACAGCUUCAGAGCCAGAAAGAAUACCUUAAGGCUUCGGAACGUCAGGAAGAGCAAAAGUUGGUGCAACAGCAAGGUGAAUAUUUGCAGCUGGAGACUCGCAAGUUCCGUCGACGUGGUCUCUUGGCCUAUUAUGCCAAGGAACAAACACUUCUCAAGGAGGAACUCACAAAGAGAGAGCAGCAGCUCGAAGCAGCGCAUUCCAUGCUUCUAAGGCAUCAUCAGUUAACACAGGAUUUGGAAUACCGACAACAGAGAGCCAUUCAUGCUUUGAAGGAGGAGCAGAUGAAUAAACAACACCAGACAGAAUUGAGUAGUCAACAUGAGUAUAUGAAGAGAGUGGAGAGAGAGCUGAGAAAAAAGCAUGCCCUACAACAGAAACAACAACCUAAGAGCUUAAAACAAAAAGAGAUAGAAAUACGUCGGCAGUUCAGGGACACUAUCAAUAUACAGCGACAACAGUAUAAGGAGUAUAAAGCACAGAUCUUAUCUAAGACACCUAAAGAUGAACAACGGGCUAUUAUCAAGAGAUUAAAAGAUGAUCAGCGAAGAAAACUAGCCAUGCUUGCUGACCAAUAUGAACAAUCCAUUGCUGAAAUGCUUCAGAGACAGUCUCUUAGGCUGGAUGAGAGUCAGGUAAUAGAGCAGCAGCAGUUAUCAGAGAAGUUGGAUAGAGAACUAGAAAUGCUUACCGAAUACCAGACACGCAACCGCCAACAUGCAGAGGCCCAGCGCGACCGUGAAAAGCGGGAGCUGGACGAGAGAGUUGCUCUAAGAAGAACAUUGUUGCAGCAAAAGAUGAGUGAAGAAAUCGCAAGGUUCCAGCGUGAGAAACAGGAAAGGAUACGUCUUAUGCAAGAGAAACAAGCACGAGAAUUAGAGGAAUUUGAUAACGAGUCAGUAAGGCUAGGAUUUAGUCCCCUGCAGAUGGUUGAGUCGUCGAGCGAGCGAUGGCCAGAAGAAUUUAACGUGUCAACAUCCAUGCUUUCCUUAUCCCUCCAACCAAACCAUUGAAUAACUGGUUGAUUCCUAGCUAGCUGUAGGAAAUGUAAACAUUUGACAACCCUGUUCUCUCUAGGCUAUAUUGUUUUCCAUGUAUGAAUAUAAAUUUGAGCUCUUUGUAAUAUGUAAUUAGCCUUAUUUAUGAAAUACUAAUGUCACCUCCAUAUUUAUUUGUUGUAUAUCCAGAUAAUGGUUAGGAUUUCCAAAGUCUGGUCCACGUAUGGCCGGAAUUUUUCCGUAGAUGCCUGGGCCCCCAAGGUGCUCUCGUGGCCACAAUGCCAGUGUGCUUUAGAUUCCCCCCCCCCCCCCCCCCCCCCCCUGUUAAGAAAGGUUAGAUUGGCAUUUCUAUGAUGAGCAAAAACGGUUCAGUUUAUAUGAACUUCCAUCUCAUUCGUUGAAAUGGCUGUUGCUUGCGAGAUAUAUAAAAAAAAAGAUCAGAUUUCAUUACUUUGUUGAAUAUGUUAGUAUGCAAAGAAAUGUUUAUUGAUUUCAUGAGAACUAGACUGUUAACAGGGCCAGCUCUUUCUGGUUUAGUGUAUAUACUGUAUAUGAGGAGACCAGUAAAUGUGAGCUUUAGAAAGUGUUACAUAUGAGGAAAGCUUUCUUUAAGGAAAAGAAAUCUAUCUUCACAAAACACUGUCUCAAUCUUGUAUUAACUGUAUGUUAUGGAUAUGUAGGUCUUUUCAUGACAGGACUUCUGAUUCUUCUGGUGAGCUUACAGGCCAAAAAUUCCUUUUUAAGUCAUUAAAUGAAACACAGGAUCUAAAAAAGAAUUUCUGUCAUUCAGUCCUGUAAGCAUUAAUCUGCUUAUUACUUUUUCUUUUUACUAUUACAUAUAUUAAUCACAGUCAUGAUAGAACGUGAUGAAACAAGGUAAUUUAUAGUACUCUACUCUCCAUAUGCUGGCCAAACCCCAAUAAUCAUUCUCUUUGGCACUGGAAGGUAAGCAAAGUCUGAUGGUCUCGGUUGAAAUAGAGAAGUCCUCUUUGCUCAAUAUAUCAUGUAACAAGAUCAGUGACUUUGAGCCAACAAUUUUGACCCGUUUUUUUUUUUUUUUCUUUUCUUUUUUCUUUUCUUUUUUUUAAUCAUUUUUAGAUUUGUGAAUUGUCCAUAUUCCAAAAUUUUCUUGCAUUAAAAUCAUAUGUAUCUUGGGCUCAUAAAUCGGUGAUCCUGCAUCAUGAAAAAUAACCCUCUAGCUUUGUGUUAAUUUGUUGUCAUCACUCUUUGUGGCAUGGUCAGCCAUUAUGAGCUUUCGAGGAACUGCAGAAAAAUGCUCAUAUUAUAUGUAUUUUGUAUAGGAACUUGUAAAGUGGGGGAACAUGCAUCUUUUUAAAUGAUCCUCUUCAAGGAGUUCCUCUGUACUAGCUUGGUUCUGGCUACUCAGACAAGCAUAGCAUGUUGAACAGUUUCCAGGAAGUGUUUCCCUAGUCAGAUGAAGGUGUUGUCCUCAUCAGCAAGAAACUGUGCUUAUUUUCCAUAGGAAACUUCAUACUUGAAACUUCUCUUUUUUCAUGAGCUUAUCUUUUCCAGUUAUAAGGGGGCAAAAAUAGUGUCAUUGGCAACUUCAUCUUGUUUCCUUUCCAUAUUGGGCCCUUGUACAAAAUUUGAAAAUGUAUUCUAGGCUCAUAGUUGCUGACAUUUUCACAAAUAGGUUGAAUCACUAGCAGUUCUGAUGAUGCUCGUUCCUCACACCUGUAGCAUGUGGACCAUAGUAAUAUUUGUGUCAGCAGCCAAAAGGAAAAAGAUAUCUAAUAAGAUUUUUAAAGUGUGGCUUAGCACAAAAUUGAUGAAAGCAAGCCACGAGUCAGAAUGAUCUGUAAGAGACUUCAACUUUUGUGUAAGAAUUAAUGCUCUAGCUGUGUUACAUGGAAGUCCUGUUGGUCAUAUUCGUCCUGUUUGAAUGAAAACAAAAAGACAAAAGUCACUUCCCCUCCUUCUCUCUUUUAUGUAAUCUACACGUUUGUAUUAAACUUUUGUUCAAUGGUUUUGACUUAAGAUACGGACACCAUGGAGAUUGCUAGAUAUUGUGAGGUUUCCAUCACAAAGGGGAGGUGAUGUCAUUCAAGUAUGCUAAGCCACUUGCUUCCCUAAGAAGGCUCUGCUUACAAUGCUUUCACACCCUUGUGUGAAUACUACAAGGGGCAGUAUAUGUGAUGAACCAGCCUGUGCUGGGAAAAUGAGCAUGGAAGCUUUCAUUUCUUUUCUUUUCUUUUAAGACUCCAUUUCUGAAGUUAGUUAACAGUUGGAACCAAACCUUUUACUUCAUGUGUUGACAUGAAAUGGCACUGAUCACAAAGAUGAAACUUUUCUUGUAGACAUUUGGUAAUUUGCACAUGAAUGUCACAAAGAAAACAAUAUCCUUGACAAUUCGACCCAGUAGCAGCAUUGGUUCACCAGUCGUGAGUCAUGGUUGGCUUCGUGCUGACGUUCUCAGCCAUUAGAUAGGCCUAGGCAAGUUGUUUGUAUGUUGCAUCAUUCCAACCUUUUAAUGUGUGAAUGGUUUGUAUAAUUUUUAUCUUUUUUUUAUUAGUAUUGUUCAUCAUUAUUUUUUUAUUAGCCUUUAACUCUCUAGGUAAUGUACCAUUGUUUUGAUGCUCAAGUUUAUAAAGUCUAAAGAGUAUUCAAAUGCUUCCAGUAACAGGAACAUGCACUAAGCUUUCAGUGACAUUUAGAACAUAGUUGUUGGAAGCAAACUCUCUUUUAUGAUAAGACAAAAAAUGAUCACUUCCUACAGCAGGGCAUGUUGGUUGUUUUGUCCAAAAACCUCCUUUAUGUAAUAAAUGCAGGUUUUUGUUCAUCAACUGUUAUUAAAUCUCAAAGUAGAUUCAGCACUUACAUUAAAUUGCAUGCUUGAAUUUCAAACAAGAGAGAGCAGUAUUAAAUCUCAAACUUGGAUUGUUAGUUAGUCAGUGUGUGUGGAUUAUGCAGGUGAACACAUGUGAGUAUGUUUGAGACGGGUAUCCAGUCCCUACAGAAUCAUAAAUUACCAUGUCUAUUUCCCCCCCUAUUCUAACGUAGAUGAAAGCUGACCAAAAUUUCAAAAAGUGGCAAAACUCCAGUGUAACACUUCUUUUAGACAUGUAUUAUGAUCCCAAAGAGAGCAAACAUACCGGGACGAUCCAGGGUCAUGGAGUAGGUGUACUAGAGCCUCACAUGCGUGCAGUUUGUCUAGUUCCCAUCUUGCUCGUUCUUACCUUGACAUAAUUGUUUCAAUUAUCUGUCUUGAAUCUUUAUUGCUUGUACAUUGUAAAAUAUUGUACACAGUAUUUUAUUUACUCGUGAUAUUACCUAUAUCUUCAAUCUGCUGCUGUAUUGAUUAUAGUGAUCAAAGUAUUUCUUUUGAGCUGCAUCUCUAACAUUGGUUUUUAGUUGUCUAAUGUUUCAUAUUGCUAUAUGAAUUUGUUUUCUUUGUUUUGGUUUGUGACGUGACAUAUGUGUAUCAAUGUGUUUUAUAUAGUUGCUUAUAUUGUCUUGCCUUUUUCUUUAGUCUCCAUUUUUAUUAUAGAUAUUAGUGAUGAUUUGUGAUAUUGAAUUUCUGCAAUGGCCAAUUUCAGACUGAGUUUCAUUCAUUUUUAAGGUUCACAGAAAAUACAGUUUCACAGAAGUGGAGACUAAGGCUUACUGUUGAUGUUCUCGUCACAAAAAACAAAUUAUUUGUAACUUCUGUUGCCCCAACUCUACAUGACCGACUCACUGCAUUCAUGUGUUCCAUUUUACAUUGUAGUUAUGGAUGUAGCUUCACAAGGACUUGAGUGGAAGUUACCCCUCCUCCAUCCUCUUUUCUUUUCCCCACUUGGAUGCCGCAUUCCACAUGUUGUUUCCUAUCCUUUGUAGAAGCUUCAAGUAAAAUAAAUGAAUGUAGUAAUUGUUUCCCAUUAAAAAGAACUUCUUUUCCAUAUUUUUCCCUUUUUUUUUUUUCUUUUUUUUUUUUUUUUCUUUUUUACUUUUUUCCCCCCCACUAAAAUGUGUAUAUAAGAAAUACCAUGUAUGUUGUUAUUAACUUAUUACAAUCACUAAGAAUACCAAACAUCCCACAUCAGAUAUAGUGUAUCAUUAAAUCCAUAUUAUACUUAGUUAUUGAACUAUUAAAGUUACAGUAGUAUUUCACUUAAGAUGUUUAUGAAGCUACCUACUCUUUCUGGUCAGUGGAAUAAAAUAUGAGGUAUGCUGAAAAUAGUAAAGUCUGAUAGAACGUAAUUACUGUCUACACCAACAAACACUUCUCAUAAGCAGGUAAUGACUAUAGGAACAUUCAUAUUUAAAAGCUAUCAGUUUACCUCACACUCAUAGCUGAAUCCUGUCAUGUUCUGCAGUGUUUAAUCUUUAACGCAUUGUUUUAUCGUGUAUUUCUUUUGCUAAAUAUUUCAUUAAAAAAAUCGAAAAAAGGAAAUGUUUUAAAGAUUUUCAUAUUAUCUUCAUUUAGGUCUUCUCUUUUUUUUUUUUUUUUCCUUCUUUAUUUACCCUCUCUUUUUUUUUUCUUUCUUUCUUUUUUUAAUCAUAUUUGCCUGAAUGUCAUUUCUUUCGGUGUAGCUAAAUAUCUUGGUUUGUAACUUAUGAUAACCAUUUCUCACAUGCCCUUUACUUGCCAUGAUGUACAUACCCUGUCAAGUCCAAUAGCACCUAUCUCCCUAUUUGUUUGAAUUGCCUGUAUUUACCAUAUCUUUAAAUCUAUCCAUCAGAAUUAUAUAUAUAAAAAUGCUUUAUAUAUACUUUCUUGCAUACCAAAAGAAAACUUUCUCUGCUCCCCACCUUUCCCUUUGAUUUUUUUUUGUUUUUUUCUUUUUUGUUAUUUUUUUCUUUCUACUUUUUUUUUUAACCAUGUGAACUCUGCUGUAGUUCUUACCCCCUUUCCUACCUCUCCUCCCCAUUCUUAUUCAAAGUUCACAUCUUUACCAUGUUGUAGAUUCAUCCUUCAUGUUCCUUAACCUUUUACAAUUUCAUGAUCUAAGGAAAUAAAAAGAAAGUCAUAAGUAUUAGCGGCGUUGCAAACAUGUGGGAUGAUCCUGGCAUAUCAAGAUUGCAUUUACAGCCACCAUGAUGGAUAUAUGGCAUUCGACUGUAUACUUCUACAUGGACACUUCAUUUCAGCAUACAAAGGAUUAAGAGGAAAUCUUGUAAUUGUAAGAAGUGCAAUCCUGUCACCGUUCAUGACCUUGGGUCCAUCCCCAAGCUUCCUCAGAAAUGGGAUGGUCGUGCAAAGUUUACAGUCGGAUAACUCCUCACAUUCAUACUUGUGAAUUCCACUAUAAUUCAGAUAAGUGAGGAUGCAUUUUUGUAUGGGUCUCUGUGUUUGUAAUGUUAAAAAUUCUGUGUCUGUAUAUAUUAUAAGAAAAUACAUGAUGCUUCCAAAA